AUGUCAACCAAGGGCAGCUUCAAGCGUACCUUCAGGGGCAGAUCCCUGCAGGGCUGUCUCACCUGCAAGGAGCGUCAUAUCGAAUGUGAUGAAGGCAAACCGAUCUGCCAAAACUGUAUCAAGGUCAACAGGGAGUGCGUACAGAGAGAUGACUCUUGGGCACUGCCGUCAUCGACAAGCAGCGAUUCGACUGCUGUUGACACUUCCAACACAACUCCUCCAAAGUCUUUGGCUAUAGGCACCACUGUCGACAAUCUAGGUGUUGGCAAAGAGAACGGCAACACUAGUGAGACUGAAGAGGCUACCAACACGAUCAGCAACACCAAAUCAGAGCCUCUGAGCAAGUAUAAAGAAAACAAGAUUGGUUCCACCGACCAUCACCACGACGUCAACAACCUCGUCCCAAACACCAACAAGAUCAAUUACCUUCAGACCAUCACCAUGGACAAGAAGACUCCACCCAAAGUAAACCCAGCAGCUUCAGUCCCCAACAGUGACAAGAAUGUCCCCAAGUCUACCACCACCUCAACUUCCAGCAGCCCAAAAAUCAAAAUCAACAGGAAACCCUCCUCGCCCGCUCCUGGCCCCAAAAUCAUCACUCCCCUCGCACUAGCCUCAACAAUCACAAACCGUCAUCCUUCCGCAACCUUCACUCCUCUCAAGCCAAUCCACCACUGGCUCCCUCCUCGCCCCACCAUCAUCGCCAGAACCGACUUGCCAGCAGCCGAAAUCGCAGAACUUCGUGCUGAAGAAGCAGCCAGAAAAGCUGAAAAGGAAGCUGAAAAGAAGAAGAGGGAAAGAGAGGUUGAGAUGAUGAGAGAGAGGGCUAGGGAAGUGCAGAUGCAGAUGAGAGCACAGGAGUUGGGAGGACAUAGGGAUUGUCCGUUUGGGAUUUGUGAGGAGAGUGCUGCGGAUUGCAAGUGCAAGGCUACGAGGUUUGGGGGAUGA